GGAUCGGACUGUGACUUCUGCCGAGAUCCGGUUAUCUGAUCGGUCUAAGAUAACUUUUUCCUCAAGUCGACCAAGGGGAAAAUUCUCAUGGGAACUCUCCUCUCUUCUGAUCUCCCUCUUUCCCACUCUCUCCCCGUUGGAUUUCUUUGAUUCUGACGAUGUCGUCCACGGGUUCUGCUCCUUCCGGUGCUACCGCUACAGGCAUGCGGAAAAAUGGUAAAAACUGGCAUGUCACCAAAAAGGCUUUCCGCCCAACUAGCGGCCUGACUUCGUAUGCGAAAAGACAAGAAACGCGGAAACAGCAAGAUGCCAUCAAGGAGCAUGAAAAGGAAUUGAGGGAUGAAAAGGAAGCGGAGCGACAGGCGCAUAUCCAGAGAAUCAAGGAUCGUCGAGCGGCGAAGGAAGAGAAAGAACGCUACGAUAAGAUGGCCGAGAAAAUGCACCACAAGCGGGUGGAGCGAUUGAAGCGCAGAGAAAAGCGCAACAAGCUGCUCAACUCAUGAUUAUGACAUGACAAUUUCUAAUAAGAGUAUGAGGCUUUAAUCAAGUACUGCUGUGACGACCGAUCUAUGUUGGCAUGUAUGGUUUUCCCCUUGUUUUCUUCCUAACGCGUCUUUCUUUCCCAGGUCUAUGUUCAAUAUACACUAUGCGGUUUCGUUUGGUUUAAAUUGUAAAUAACUACUACACGGCAAAAUUUCGGUGGGCAACUGCUAGUGGAAGAGAAUCGAUAUAGCGAGCUAGGAGUUGGCUUCAAUUUGCAAAAGUUUCAGGGUGGUGGAUUUCAUGCACGCACAGAUACCCUAUUAGAGAAAAUCAGAGACAGACACGGGAU